GUGGCGGAUUAUCAGUCUGGGGGCCGGGGAGGGUGCAAUUACACUUUCACCUGCGUCUCUUCUGCUGGAGCCACCAGCACCUGCCCCUGCUAGACAAUGCCCGUGGAGGAGUUUGUGGCCGGCUGGAUCUCCGGAGCUCUGGGCUUGGUCCUGGGACACCCCUUCGACACUGUAAAGGUGCGACUGCAGACCCAGACCACGUACCAGGGCAUCGUUGACUGUAUGGUCAAGACUUACCGCCAUGAGUCGCUCCUGGGCUUCUUCAAGGGAAUGAGCUUCCCCAUCGCAAGCAUAGCUGUGGUCAACUCUGUCCUCUUCGGGGUCUAUAGCAACGCCCUGCUGGCCCUGACUGCCACCUCCCACCAGGAGCGGCGGGCCCAGCCGCCCAGCUACACACACGUCUUCAUAGCCGGCUGCACCGGGGGCUUCCUGCAGGCCUAUUGCUUGGCCCCUUUCGACCUCAUCAAAGUCCGACUGCAAAACCAGACUGAGCCAAGGGCGCAGCCGGGGAGCCCCCCGCCCCAAUACCGGGGCCCCGUGCACUGUGCAGCCUCCAUCUUCCAGGCCGAGGGGCCCCGGGGGCUGUUCCGGGGAGCCUGGGCCCUGACACUGAGGGACACUCCCACCAUGGGAAUCUAUUUUGUCACCUAUGAGUGGCUCUGUCGCCAGUCCACACCGGAUGGCCAGAACCCCAGCUCAGCCACGGUGCUGGUGGCAGGUGGCUUUGCCGGCCUCACCUCCUGGGUCACAGCCACCCCCUUAGACGUGAUCAAGUCCCGGAUGCAGAUGGCCGGGCUGAAGCAGAGGGUGUAUCGGGGGCUGCUGGACUGCAUGCUACGAGUACCUCCUCCACUCCUGGGGGUGAACCUGGCCCGGCGAGGCCAGCGGCUCCCUAGCGAGACCACCGCCCAACUGCCCAGUUUGGAGGCCAAGGUGAUGAGCAUCAGGACGCGAUUCGGAUGCGAGGAGAGGCACCUUCAGAUGUAGAGGGAGUUGGGGAGACAGUUUGGGGAGCAGGGGGCCCGGGGGCCCGGACUCCACCCAGAAUCCAAGGCUGGCCUCAGCCUCCCAGCUCCCCGGCCUUGAUUCCUUCACUUCCUGAGUCUGUGAAGCAAACUCACAGCCCGUGGUGCCGGUGCUAUUCCGGCCCCAUCCUGUGACCCUGUGACUUCACCCUUUUAAGAGCUCCGGAGCCUCUGCUCGGCCUCCUGCUAACUCGCCACCCCCUGGAUUCCAGGGACGACCUCCCAGCUGCCUCCCACCUGACCUCUCUAAGCUCUCCCCGCGUGAACUAGGAGCAGCCUCACAUCUCCUUCAGCCCAGAAUCCUUCACAGGCUCCAUCACCUUCAGGAAAAAGCCCCAACUCCCCCUCCUCCCGGCCCCCUUCCCAUCAGCUUUCCUGCCCCUUGGGUCUCAGCAGCCCCACCUGCUUGAGGUCGCUAAACAAGCUGUGCUCCCUCACUGCCUCCCACCUAGAGGGCUCAUUCCAUCUGGGGCAGCAGUGGGCAGUGCCUGCAGGGUGACCCCACCGUGCCUGGGGCUGAGCACCGGCUCCUGGAGUCCUUUCCUCCGCUCGCCUCCCCUUGCUCAGAACUGACUGGGGUUUGCAGACCGCACGCCUUGAUCACGGCCUUCGCCUGUGCUUUAUCAAGGUUAUGGGUCUGCUUCUCGGCUUCCCAGUUAGACUGGGCACUCCUCGAGGUCAGGGGUCAUACUCUGAUCACUUCCCAGCACGGAGCCCAACAGGUGCCUGGUCCAGGGUGUGCACGCCCCACCUCCGUGCCACCCUCCAACUGCCACGACCGCUACCUCGGUUCUGGACCCCCUCCACCGCCCCGCUGAGGUCUGCCUGCCCGGCCCUGCUCAGGUCAUCCCAGGGGAGCAGUGCUGGAGUCAGGGGUGCCAGCCUCACACACUCCCAUCCAUGGCACUUGUUGUCUUUAGUCAUUUCAAUUGCCAAGUGGGAAUUAAAAACUGGCUGAAAGAUUUCACUUAAUUGGCAAUAAAGUGAGCAGAAUUCGUA